AUGCUUUCAUAUAGACUAGAGAAUACAUCGAAAGGGAAUGCGAACGUAGCUUACGAUCAACAUAACAAUGCAUAUACAUUUCAAUAUCCAUGCACAUCAUAUUCAGACUGCACCGACUACGUUGUCAGUCUCACACCAGGAGUGUACAAAUUCGAACUUUAUGGUGCCUCCUGUGGUUCAUAUCCUGGUGUAAUCUCCACAUACAAAUUUUCUGACGGUAACUGCACUGAUCCCGAAAUUGUUUCAAAAUAUCACGGAAACACUCACUGUACCUUCAAUGGAAGCCGUGGUGGUGCAGGAGGCUACAUUUCGGGCAUCAUCACCAUUUCACACCGCUUAACCGCAUUCAUCACUAUUGGUGGCCAAGGAAAUUAUUCACGUACGGCUGACAGUUGUACUGAAGAGUCGGAUUUUUAUCUCCAAAACAUGAUUAAAGGCGGAUAUGGCGGUGGGGGCUUUGCAUCCAAUUGCUAUGCAUUCUCAGGGAGCGGAGGCGGCCAAACCGCUGUCAAAUUCCACAAAAACGACCUCUGGCAUCGAGUUAUUGUAUCUGGUGCUGGUGGAGGUUCUGAUAAUUACCAGACGAACGAUCCCAACAAUGAGCUAAGUGAUGAUGGAUCCGGUGGUGCUGGAGGUGGCUUCGUUGCACAGGGGUAUUGGAAGUCGAUGAUUUACGUUGACAAAAGAUUGGCAAACUCCACCUUUGGUUUCACAUUCGGAUCAGGUGAAUCCGCUCAAAGACUUGGAUCUCGAAAUCCAGAGGGUGUCCAAGAAGUUGGUGGACUAAAUGACAGACCAGGUGCUGGUUCUGGCUGGUUUGGCGGUUUUGCAGGCCACUAUUGCAAUGGCGGCGCAGGCGGUGGAAGUUCGUUUGCGUUGACAAGAGAUAAUAUUGAAGAAACAAGUCAAAAAUCUUUUACUGCACAUGAUACGUUUUUUAAUAACGCUCACACCGAGAAAUAUGCAUUUUCGAUUAAAGAUGGGUAUAAAUUCAACGAAGUUGAAACUAUUCCAGGAAUCUGGGAAGGAAACGGACGUCUCAUUCUCACGAUCUUAGAUCCGAUCUUUAUUCCAUCUUGCAACAUUAUUUACUUCUCUCGUAAUUCAAAUUUCCUUUUCCUCAUUCUAUUCCUAUUUCUCGAUCCUAAAUAG